AAGGGGCGAGGGGGGCCAAAAGCGCCCGAGAAGGCGCGACCUGGCGUCGCCUGAGGGCAACUUGCCCCGGAAGGGUCGGCGCCCGCCUGGGAAAACGAAGGCAGGCCCCGGUUCUCUCAGGAACUGCCUGUUUCUUCCUCUCUUUCUCCGCCGAGGAAGAGGCCGAGGGAACAGGGAAGCCGUCUCUUUGUCCACGCCUUCCCGCCGAGGGAAAACUCCCACCAGAGAAACGCAGGAGGAAAGAAACACAGGGGAAUAACGACGAGUCGGGCGACACCCGUAAACCUCUUUACGCAGGGCCGUCAUCACCAGAGGCGGCCUCUCCAGGCCACAAAGCUUCUGGCGAACCAAACGUGCCACUAGGUUCUUCUUCUUUCUUCUUUUUUUGCAGGAGCUGACGAACGCCUACCCUAGCGCCUACUUUCCCGGGCUCGGAUAUCAGGAGGCGGGCGUCCCCACCUUCCCUGGAGAGUCUCUCCUCUGAAGAGGCGCAGCUUGGCGCGGGGGGGAAGCGCCACGCUUUGCCCCUCCGGGUUCCCGCCCUCCGGCCAUUGCUUCCCUCCCCGCCCGGCCCUGCCUGCCGAGGGGCUCUACUCCCACUUCUUUUCUGCCUUCGCCGGAGGCGGUCAGGAUGCUACCAAGGGGUUCCCUCUUUUCGGGACUUUUCAUCCUCCUGGCCUCCUGGAGGAGCAGCGGGGCGACGGGAGCUGCCGCCUCCCGAAGCCCAACCACGACGGCGGCCGUCUACAGCCUGCGCGGGAGGUGGCAAGUGAGCAACGGAAACGGCUCGCUGGUGCUGGACGGGGAGGUCCCCGGGUGCAUCCACAUCGCCUUGCUCCAGGGCGGGCUGAUCCAGGAUCCUUAUUAUAGGUUUAAUGACCUGGCCUAUACAUGGAUCUCCUUGGAUAACUGGACAUACAGCAAAAAAUUUGAAAGUCCUUUUGCUGCCAGCAGUUGGCAAAAAGUGGCUUUGGUUUUUGAAGGUGUUGAUACAGUAGCACAGGUCGUGGUCAAUAACGUCACUGUUGGGAAAACAGACAACAUGUUCAACAGAUAUACAUUUGAUAUCACAGAUGUUAUCAAGGAGAUCACUGUAAUUCAGGUUCAUUUUAUGUCUGCUGUUCAUUAUGCUGCGGAGCAGAGUAAAAUUCACAAAGAAUACCAGGUGCCUCCCGAAUGCCCUCCACCUGUGCAGAAAGGACAGUGCCAUGUUAAUUUCAUCAGAAAGGAGCAGUGUUCUUUUAGCUGGGACUGGGGUCCCUCUUUCCCCACUCAAGGAAUUUGGAAAGACGUUAGAAUUGAAGCAUAUGAUCUUUGUCAUCUGGUCUAUUUCUCUGUGACUCCUCACUAUGAUCAAAGUGCUCGACAGUGGCGUCUGGAAAUAGAGUUGGAUUUUGAUGUCGUCAGCUCAAAGCCAGUUGCUGGUUUUGUAAGUGUGAGCAUUCCUGAGCUGCAGACACGGCAGGCGUUCCCUGUGGAGCUUCAUCCCGGGGAAGGCAACAUUAUAUUGCUUGUAAACAUAAGUCAGAAUGUGGCGCUGGAAAUGUGGUGGCCCAGAGGACAUGGAAACCAGACUGGCUACAACAUGACAGCAACAGUCUUUAUGGAGGGAAAAUACAAGUUUGUGAAGUCUCUGAAGAUUUACUUUCGAACAGUAGAACUGGUAGAGGAACCCAUUCUUGGAUCACCUGGUUUGAGUUUUUAUUUCAGAAUCAAUGGACUUCCCAUUUUUAUGAAGGGAUCCAACUGGAUUCCAGCUGAUUCUUUUCAAGACAGAGUGACCUCUGGCAUGUUAAGGUGUCUCUUGCAAUCAGCGGUGGAUGCCAACAUGAAUAUGCUUCGAGUCUGGGGAGGAGGCAUAUAUGAGCAAGAUGAGUUCUAUGAUAUCUGUGAUGAACUGGGAAUCAUGAUUUGGCAGGACUUCAUGUUUGCUUGUGCCCUUUAUCCGACAGACCAGAGCUACUUAGAUUCCGUAAGAGCCGAAAUUACUCAUCAGGUAAAGCGACUGAAAUCUCACCCAUCUAUCAUUUUGUGGAGUGGAAACAACGAAAACGAGGCGGCCAUCGCAGCCAACUGGUUCUCUCUUCCCCUUGUGAAUAUGAGUGUCUAUUUCAAAGACUAUGUGACGCUUUAUGUCAAGAAUAUCCGAGAAAUUCUUCUUGCUGAAGACAAGACGCGUCCUUUUCUUGCCUCCAGUCCCACCAAUGGCGUGGAGACAGUUAAGGAAGGCUGGCUAGCCCACAAUCCUUAUGACACCCAUUAUGGAGACACUCACUACUACAACUACCUAAGUGACUGUUGGGAUUGGACCACCUACCCCAGGACACGGUUUGCCUCGGAGUAUGGCUUUCAGUCCUGGCCAUCCUUCAGCACCCUGGCUCAGGUAUCAUCUGAAGAGGACUGGUCUUAUGCAAGCAACUUUUCCCUGCAUCGACAGCAUCAUGCCGAGGGCAAUGACCAAAUGCUUAAACAGGCAAACCUACAUUUUAAGCUGCCUGAGGAAACAGAACCCAUCAAGAACUUCAGACAUACAAUUUACCUCACUCAGAUUAUGCAAGCUCAGUGCAUAAAAACUGAAACAGAGUUUUAUCGUCGCAGUCAAAGUGAAAUAGUCAACGGGGAGGGGCGGACCAUGGGGGCCCUCUAUUGGCAACUCAACGAUAUCUGGCAAGGCCCAUCUUGGUCUUCUUUGGAGUACGGAGGCAAAUGGAAAAUGCUCCAUUAUUUUGCCCAGCGUUUCUUUGCCUCUCUGUUGCCUGUGGCCCAUGAGGAGGAAGAUGUCUUCUACAUAUAUGGUGUCUCAGAUCUUCACUCUGACUAUCAGCUGACACUGAAAAUCAUUCUGUAUGACUGGAGUUGGAUGGAGCCUAAAUGUACCUUGGCUAAAGAUGGUGUGAUUGUAAAGGCAGGAAGUGCUUUGCCCAUCUAUAAGGAGCCAGUCAGGGACCUUUUAAAAAGAUGUGGAAACUGUACCAGGCAAAGCUGCGUCAUCAGUUUUUACCUUGAAGGUGAAGGCAAGCUCUACAGUCCAACCAAUUACCACUUCUUGUCCUCCUUAAAGGAUGCAGUAGGACUAGAAGAUCCACAGCUUCAUGCUUCUGUUUCCCAAGAAGGGGAUCAGUUCCAGAUUCUUCUGCAUACCACAGCCAUCGCUCCUUUUGUUUGGCUAGAUUCUGGGAACGUUAUGGGGAGAUUCAGUGACAAUGGUUUUCUUCUCACAGAAAAGCAAAAACUCAUAUUGUUUUAUCCCUGGGAGGCUACUAGUGUCAAAGAGCUGGAAAAGUCACUCAGCAUAACAUCACUCAAAGACAUUUCCUGAGGAGAACCCUGCUGGAAUGGAGGAAGAAUGCCUAAAAGAAACAGGGAUCUUUUGCAGUUAUGUGAUUCAGCAUCUAGAAUUGCAUAAACCGGGACCAUUAAACAGAGGCUUAAUGCCAGCUUCUCGUGACCACAUGGGAGACCCCUUUGUACCCUAGACUGAAACAAAGAGCUGAUCUUUAGAGUGAGCCUGCUUUCAGAAAUUCAGCUGAACACACUCUGAGAGCAAUAAAAUGAAUCAUGCCAAAUAUAAGAUGCAUGCUUUUGGGCAGCAUUUCUCUACACUGCAGAACCAACGUUUGGUAGACAGAUGUGUGGCUCUAGAUACCAACAUGACAUUCAGCCAAGGACAAGAAAGAGAUGAUCAUUUGGACAGUGGUGCAGUUGAUAACCAGUGCCUUUCCUUUACCACUUAGUAGUCACAAGCAGUAGCUACUUGUGGCAAAAGGACUUCUGGUUGAUGUGACUUUCACAUAGAUGUGAACUGUGGCAGUUUUACAAAGCACUGAUCAGAAUGAAGACUAGGGAGAAUCUGAGAAAGGGCAAUGGGAGGCGGUUUCCUUUUCACACUGGCUUACCUCAAAGAUAGUUUUUGAUCUGUAAAAUAUGCAUGCAUAUGGUUCUAUGGUUUACUUGCUAGCUAGAAACAAGUAUCAGUGCUUUUGUGACUUGUAGUCCACAAAAGCUUCCAAAUAAAACUGGUCAGUCUAAAGUGCCACAAAACCCCUUUUUGCUGUAAUAGACUAACAGGGCUUCACACCACAAUAUUUCUUGCAUGUAUUGAAACAUGCUGUAAAUGUUCAUGGAUGUACAAAUACAAGGCAUCACCUUCUCAAAAAUGGAGUCCUUACUUUGUCAACUCUCAAUGAACUCAGGAGGUUGAUAAUUUUGGGCACAGAACAGAUAACCUCACUGUCUUUUUGUGGUUUUGAUUCUGAAGAAAAUUCAGCAAUUGUUUAGCUGAAUUUUAGCCUUUUCUCAGGUGCCUAAAUUCUGUAUGUAUGUGUGGAUACCUUAUCACACUACAGGUUACUGGUAUUUAGAACUAUUUUCAUUUCAUGUGUUUUCAC